AUGAACGAAGAAGCCAGUGCAGGUUCGACGCAGUUUGCUGCUCAACUGGGCCAGAUGGAACCAUUCGACGUUUCCACGAAUGACUGGGCGUCGUACGAAGAGCGGCUAACGUCGUUUCUAAUCGUCAACCGUGUUCCCGAAGGUGACAGAGUACAUGCAUUUCUGAGCAUCAUCGGUCCCAGAACCUACAGUCUUCUGAAAUCGCUGGUCGCCCCGGAGCUGCCUUCAACGAAGAGCUUCGAGGUACUGAAGAAGACCCUGGGGGAUCAUCUGUCGCCGAAACCUUCGGUCAUAGGCGAGCGAGCGAAGUUCCACAGGAGACAGCAAGUCGAAGGCGUCCUACAGGUCAAGGUGCAGCACGGCGGCAACGAGGCGCGCCUGCCUUUAUACGUCGUCGACCAGGAGGGACCGGCAUUGCUAGGUCGGGAAUGGCUUCAGGCAAUUAGGCUGGAGUGGAGCAAAAUCUGGAACGUCCACCAUCUGCCAAGGUCAGAGCUGCCCAUUUCUUGUCGUUUAGAAGAAAGGCUACACGCUUUGAUCAGAAAGUACGACUCUCUUUUUAAAGAUGAGCUAGGCAUGAUUACCGAAGAAAAGGCCGAGCUGCAUUUCAAGCCCAAUCAGGCACCGAAGUUUCUCAAAGCAAGAAACGUGCCGUUCGCGCUGCAAAAGGCGGUCGAAGCUGAGCUUUCCAAGAUGGAAAAAAUGGGCAUCAUAACAGCCGUUGCCACAUCAGAUUACGCUACGCCAGUGGUACCUGUUAUCAAGAAAGACGGUGGCAUACGCCUCUGUGGCGAUUAUAAGGUGACAGUGAAUCCGUGCCUUGACGUCACCCGUUAUCCGCUACCGAAGGUGGAUGACUUGUUCGCGGCUCUGUCCGGAGGCACACAUUUUUCAAAGAUCGACUUGAACCGCGCUUACCAGCAAGUGGUGAUGUCCGAUGCCUCAAAGCAAUUCCUAACCUUGAAUACGCACAAGGGAUUGUUCGUUGUCAACAGAUUACCUUUUGGAAUCUCUUCCGCGCCGGGAAUUUUCCAAAAGAUAAUGGACACUAUGUUGAAGGGCCUCAAGGGUGUUUGCUGCUACCUAGAUGAUAUUCUGGUGACGGGGAAAACAACAGAGGACCACUUAGCCAAUCUGGAAGCGCUGCUAGAGCGUCUUCAAAACCGAGGCGUCAGAGUAAAAGAGAAGUGCUCGCUUUUCCGAAGCGAACUUCACUACCUUGGCCACAAAUUCGGCGCUGAAGGCAUAUCCCCGUUGUCUGAUAAAGUUGACGCACUUCUCCAGGCACCAGAGCCGAAGUCUAAGAAGCAGCUUCAAUCUUUGUUGGGCGUUAUCAACUACUACAGCAAGUUCGUGCCCCAAAAUCAAGCGAGAACGCGGAAGCCGAUUUCUGCUCGGCGUCUGCCGCUGCCAGAUCGUGAAGCGGAAACCAAAGAAACAGAAGAAGCGUUUUAUUCGUUGCGCUUGGACUCGUUGCCUGUUUCUAGUCGAGAUGUCGCGGUUGCCACGAGUAAAGACCGAAUUCUUUGUCAAGUGAAGGAAUUCACAAAUGUUGGAUGGCCCACGUCGAUCACGGAUGAGCACUUGAAGCCUUUUUUUCGCAGGUGCAACGAGCUGACGGUGCAUCAGGGAUGUGUCAUGCUGGGCACAAGAGUAGUCGUCCCUGCAAAGCUGCAAGGGUUCGUUCUCGACGAACUCCAUGACGGCCAUCCCGGCAUCGUGCGCAGCAAAGAACUAGCGCGCAGCUACGUAUGGUGGCCAACGCUGGAGGCGGACCUCGAACGUCGCAUCAAAAGCUGCGCUAGUUGUCAAGAGCAACGUAACGCGCCAAUCAGCGCACCUCUGCACCCGUGGUCAUGGCCGACUUCACCGUGGCAGCGUGUUCACGUAGACUUUGCAGGACCCUUUCAGAAUACCAUGCUUUUAAUAGUGGUCGACGCACAUUCCAAAUGGCCAGAGGUUUUCGAAAUGCGCUCGACAACUGCAGAAAGCACGAUUCGUUGUUUGACCGAGCUCUUCGCACGUUUUGGUUUCCCAGAAACAAUUGUUUCCGAUAAUGGACCUCAAUUUGUUUCGCAGGACUUCAAGCACUUCGUGCAGGCAAUGGGGGCACGGCACGUCCUCACGGCUCCCUACCACCCCAGCUCCAAUGGGCUGGCGGAGCGUUUCAUUCAGACCUUAAAGAACGCCCUCCGCAAAGACGGCACAGGAGAGACACUGCAGGUAAAGCUGCAUAAAUUUUUGCUGUCGUAUCGCAACACGCCGCAUGCGACGACGCGUGAAUCACCAGCCACAUUGCUCCUGGGACGACGCUUACGCAGUCGGCUAGAUGCCGUAAAGCCCUCCGUGGGGGAAAGAGUAGCCCACAGACAGUGCACUCAGGCACUAAGUCGUCCGUGUCGCGAACGUCAUUUCUUGGUAGGCGACAACGUGUUAGCACGUAAUUAUUGUGGAAAAACAAAGUGGACUCCCGCUGUGAUUGUUGCUCAAACAGGUCCUGUCUCUUUCAAAGUGCGUGCAACCACACAGAGGGGCACCUUCACCUGGCGUCGCCACCAGGAUCAACUGCUGCACAGACCUGCAGAGGACGUUAACCCUACGCAUGGAACAGCUGGCGAAGCUACGACCAGCGAGUUCCUGGUUUUUCCUGAGACUGGCGACGCACCAGUUCCUCCGACUCCACAACCGUCCAGGGCGACUCCGGUUACGCCACAGGCAACACCAGCACCCGCCGAUGCAAGACGCUACCCCAUGCGAAAUCGUCGCCCACCAGAUAGAUUCCAAGCUGCACUCUGAAUGACUUGGUGUGCGUUAUUAAAAAGGAGGGGAGGUGGUGUUGUGUCGGCUGGCGCUCCAUUGAUAAGAGCACUCUGCGAAGUGCGCAUGCGCCGCUAGGUGUUAAAAGCGGAGUGCCGCUUGCUAUCGGCGCUCUUUCUUGCCGUAGCCACGAACCCACAAGCAUGGGUCAAUAAACGUCGUUC